UCAAUCCACAACACAGUUAACCGCGCAACGUCAGCGCUGUAUGUAAACACUGAUUUUUUCAAAUUUUUCUAAAACGUGCAUAAUGCUGCAGUCGAUGAAAAUUUUCAUUCGAUAAAUUUGAUAGAUGAAAUUAGAUGUCGUUGCAGUUUAAAGGCGAGUAAUAAUACAAUAACACAAGUUAGUAACAAGUUCUGCAAUUUAGCAAGAGGCUUGUGAUACAGUUUACAAACUGAACUUUGUGAGUUGACUGAAUCGCAGUCUUGCGAAACGGGUUGGAAGUCUGUUUAUCUGCUGGGCGGAUUCCGAAAAAAUGGAGCUCCGGAAUAUUUUAUCUUUAAUUUGGCACUGGAUCUUUAUGCUGGUUAGCGGUUCGUUUGCUUUAAAUACGAUGGACAGCUUAAAGAGGGAGCAUUCACUCGUGAAGCCGUACCAAGGUUCUGGAAUGAGUAUACCACAGUGGGACUUUAUCGGCGCGACGAUGGUGACGAACAAUUUCAUUCGUUUGACACCGGAUCAGCAGAGCAAACAGGGUGCUAUAUGGAACAAUGUGCCGGUUUUCUGGACAAAAUGGGAAUUUCAAGUUCAGUUUCAUGUUCACGGACACGGAAAAGAUUUGUAUGGAGAUGGUUUUACAAUUUGGUACACCAAAGACAGGAUGCAGCUGGGGCCGGUUUUUGGAAAUAAGGACUUCUUUUCGGGAUUAGCUAUCUUUAUGGACACGUAUAAUAACCAUAACGGAGCCCAUAAUCACGAGCACCCUUUUGUCUCGUCCAUGGUCAGCAAUGGGUCGAUUGGGUACGAUCACGAUCGGGACGGUACACAUACCCAACUGGCGGGAUGCACUUCAAAAUUCAGAGGGAAAAAUACGCCCACUCACGUCGCAAUUCGAUAUGAUCCUCCAGUUCUGAAGGUGUCCAUGGACAUUGAUGGGGAAAAUACAUGGAAAGAAUGUUUUAAAGUGGAAGGAGUGCAGUUGCCGACAGGCUACUUUUUCGGAGUAUCAGCUGCUACUGGGGAUUUAUCAGAUAAUCACGACAUAAUAUCGUUGAAAUUUUACAAUUUGGAUGAAAAUGCGGAUUAUAAUACUGCAAUGGCUCGAUCUCGUAUCAUUCCUUCUGCGUCUAACGCUGAACCGCAGAGGCCUCACAUAGAAGAUGUUCCACCAUCUACAGUAGCGAAAGUUGCCGGUUCCGGGUUGAAAGUUUUUGGAUACGUCAUUUUGAUCAUAAUCAUUUGCAUAAUUGUGAUUUUUGGUGGUAUAUUCUUGUAUCAGUAUAGCAAGCAGGACAGACGCAAACGAUUUUAUUGAUAUUUUCAUAUGGAGGUACUUACUGUUUGUGUUACUUUAAUGCACUAUUUUGUUGUUUUUCCAUCAAGUUUUAAAACGUGUUGUUUCGUCGUUUGCGGGCAGCAAUUCUGUGAUAUUUUCCGACCAAUUGCAUUACGCCGUUGUGUUCGCAAACGUUCAAUAAUACUGGUCGUUGUGA